AUGACGAAGCGAACGAAGAAGGUUGGCGUAACAGGCAAAUACGGGACAAGAUAUGGCGCGUCGCUUCGAAAGCAGGUCAAGAAGAUGGAAAUUACACAGCACGCCAAGUAUAGCUGCACCUUUUGCGGGAAGACCAAUGUGAAGAGACAUUCUGUCGGGAUAUGGAAGUGCAAGUCGUGCAAAAAGACGGUGGCUGGAGGAGCAUACACGGUGUCAACCCCGGCUGCGGCUGCUACGAGAUCGACGAUACGGCGUUUAAGGGAGAUUGCAGAGGUCUAG